AUGUCACCCCGGGGGCGGUGUUCCCUAGCUCCGGGAGGAGCCGUGUAGUAGGCUGCUUUGCCCUCUCUCAAGAUGGCCGCCGAGCGGGAUUCGAGGGGAGGGGGAAAUAAAGGCUGCUACGGGCGGAACUGACGCAUUUUGAUCGCGCGGCGGUGUAGGCUGGGGUUACCAUCGGUGCUGCAGCCGACGCUGGGUCCGGGCAGCGGGCGGAGGGCCUAGAGCGGAAGGUUUUGAAUUGUGUUUUAGAUUUGCAACACGUUUUUCUGGAGCUAAUGUUUUUAAUAAUCAUUCAGAAGUGGCUGAAAAUCUAGUUGCUGGAAUGCUUUAGGGGAAACGACUUCUUUAUCGUGUGGAAUUAUUGUUCUUGAAUUACUGGAAAUAAUUCUGGCCUGACCAAAGAAGUAAUUGGAAUCAUGGAUCAGAACAACAGCUUGCCGCCCUAUGCCCAAGGACUGGCAUCACCUCAGGGUGCCAUGACUCCAGGAAUUCCAAUUUUUAGCCCCAUGAUGCCUUAUGGCACUGGACUGACACCGCAGCCUGUCCAAAGCACCAACAGUUUAUCUAUCCUGGAGGAACAGCAGCGGCAGCAGCAGCAACAAGCAGCACAGCAGUCCACAUCACAACAAGCAACACAGGGAACAUCCAGUCAAACUCCACAGCUCUUCCACUCGCAGACUCUUACUACAGCUCCUUUACCAGGAACCACACCACUCUACCCCUCUCCAAUGACUCCUAUGACCCCAAUAACUCCUGCUACGCCCGCGUCUGAAAGCUCUGGGAUUGUGCCACAGCUACAGAAUAUUGUAUCCACCGUGAAUCUUGGUUGUAAACUUGACCUAAAAACCAUCGCACUUCGUGCUAGAAAUGCUGAAUACAAUCCCAAGCGUUUUGCUGCUGUCAUCAUGAGAAUAAGAGAGCCACGUACUACUGCACUUAUAUUCAGCUCUGGAAAAAUGGUGUGCACAGGAGCUAAAAGUGAGGAGCAAUCCAGAUUGGCAGCAAGAAAAUAUGCCAGAGUUGUGCAGAAACUGGGCUUUCCUGCAAAAUUCUUGGACUUUAAGAUUCAGAACAUGGUGGGAAGCUGUGAUGUGAAAUUUCCUAUCAGAUUAGAGGGACUGGUACUUACACACCAACAAUUCAGCAGUUACGAGCCAGAGCUGUUUCCUGGCUUAAUCUACAGAAUGAUCAAGCCAAGAAUUGUCCUGCUUAUUUUUGUUUCUGGAAAAGUGGUCUUAACUGGUGCAAAAGUCAGAGCAGAAAUUUAUGAAGCCUUUGAAAACAUAUAUCCUAUUUUAAAGGGAUUCAGAAAGACAACGUAACAGUGUUUGCAUAUUUUUAAGAGAAACAUUGAGGUACAUUUGAAAAGGUAUUGCAUAUGGCACAGCAGUGACAAGAGAUGGACUUUCAAUUACUGCAACACCAAGACUUGGACUCUUCUCCAGUUAGUGCCUAACUCCCUCAUCCUGAAAAGGAAGCUGUGUUUUUAUGGAUUGUGUCUAUUGGGUUACUGUGAGUUGCUUUGCUGGGCUGUUCUUGGAACAGCCCGUACAAAUUUUAUUUAUAUUCUGGCUUUUAAAUAGUUUUAAUGUCAGUUCUUUUAUUAUGAACCCAUGAGUUGGUAAGUUGGUUUAAGAGAUGCUUUUAACCAUGUCGUUAGAUAUAUAAACCACUUCAGUUGCUGUACAUAUAAGUUUUAACAUUCGUCCAUAAACCAUGAUUUUAUAGGCUUCAAAAAUUGUUUUUCAAAUGUUUUGGGGCUUUUUUUCAUUUUGAUACUUUUUUUGUGCCAGACACAUUCCCUGUUUCCAGUGUUCAGCAGGACAGAGACUACCUUUAUUAAUGAAAACGGCUAGCUGUAUAUAUUCCUCCUUCGUUGGGAACUAAAUGUCAGAUUUCUCUCAUAUCUCUACCUGUACAAUAAACACUGUUUAUAAAACCAUAAGAAAAACUGUCUUAAUGAACCUAAAAGGUAACACUGCUUGACCUGUGCUGCUGUUAAAGUGGUAAAUGCAUGCUGUAGAAAAAUGUAAUGUAUUCAAUACUUGAGUCUUUUAUAUGACUUUCUUAACAAUCCAGUAUUAAGUGGCAAAUGCACUAUUUUAAGUGAUUUUUUUUUUUAACCUAUUUUUCUCAAAAUAGUGACUUUCACUUGAACCCAGCUUGCAUAUAAGAAAUCAGGUAUUUUAGGCAGUGUUAACAUUUGAACUCUGCUGGGUUUUUUGGAUCUAAUUCUAAUUAAAGUGUUUAUUCUCUUCUGCUUGGCUUUACUAAAGACUUGGUUAUGAACUCAGUUGACAUCCAUGUUGCGCCUCACCUGUGACAUGUAAUAUAACUUGUGCAAAUCAAAUACAUUUUUUACAUUGAAACUGAAAA